AUGGGCGACGCCGGUGUGGGAGCAAGCCCCGAAGAAAAUCUACUGCGAAUGCAAGAUCAGCUGUUCGAUUCCGAAAGCCGCCAACACACCGUGGCGAAUAACUGGGACUCCGCCACCACGAAUGCUCCGCUUGAGACAGCUGAGGCGGUGCCUGAAGAACACUACAGGAUCCAGGCGCUAGCGCAGGGAGCCUUGGGCUUUUCCCUCACGGACCGUCCCCUGAAGCGAAACAGAGCUGCAUUUGAGGCGCGGCCUUCCGGAAGGCACUCGCUCAGGUUAUCCGGAGGCACAUAG